AUGGCUCUUUUUGACGUAGCUGGUUUGAAGCCUUCUUUUGAACUCAGCAGUCAGAUUCUUCCAGGGGGGCAGACGCGUCUCGUUGACCGGACGAAUCACUUCAAUUUCGGUUUGAAAACUCUGGAAUUUGCUGUCCCUCGCGGUGUUGACCCAUCUCGGUUUCUCAAGUCCUGCAACAAUGAGGAGGGAGUGUGCAUUGAUAUGAACCACGGCACGACCACCCUGGCCUUCAAGUUCAGACAUGGGGUCAUUGUGGCGGUGGACUCCAGAGCCUCCGCUGGACAAUAUCUGGCGUCUAAUGAUGUGAACAAGGUCAUAGAGAUCAACCCGUAUCUGCUGGGGACGAUGUCGGGCAGUGCAGCCGACUGUCAGUACUGGGAGAGACUCCUGGCCAAAGAGUGCAGGCUGUACCGGCUGAGGCACAACCACAGGAUCUCUGUUUCUGCCGCGUCCAAACUGCUGUGCAACAUGAUGCUGGGGUACAGAGGCAUGGGGCUGUCUGUGGGGAGCAUGAUCUGCGGCUGGGACAGAGAGGGUCCUGGUCUGUACUAUGUGGACGAUAACGGGACACGGCUCUCUGGGCAGAUGUUCUCUACAGGAUGUGGCAGCAGUUUUGCCUAUGGAGUGAUGGACAGUGGAUACAGAGAGGACAUGACAGUGGAGGAGGCCUAUGAACUGGGCCGCAGAGGCAUCGUGCACGCCACGCACCGGGACGCCUACUCUGGGGGAGUGGUUAACAUGUAUCACAUGCAGGAGGACGGCUGGAUUAAAGUGUGUAAAGAGGAUGUGUCUGAGCUGAUCCACCGCUAUAAGAAAGGCAUGUUCUAA